AGACGGGCGAAAUUGUGAGCCUCUAGUUUGCGCACUCUGCGCUUGCGCGACUGGGCGCUCCCCCGGAUCCUGGGGCGCGGGGCGGGCUGUAAUGGGGCGGUGGUCUUCUGUGAGCGGGAAUGGAUCUCUGGCCUGGACCUUGCCCCUUCUUCCCCGCCCUCUCCGGAUCCAGAGAGUCCGAACUAUCUUCACGGCGUGCAAGGGGAAUGCCUGUUUCCUUCAAACAGUGCUUUGGGGCAGCCUGAAAGAAUUCCCCGUUGCUGGGGGUGUGCAAGCCGAGGCCAGGCAGCUAUUCGAGUAGCUUCGUGGUACCACGCCCUGAGCAGGGCUCCACAGCAGAAGGGACCUGGUGAGGGGGCAGGCAGCCCCAGAGAUCUUGACUUCUGGGACUUGCAAUCAGAUAUUCUCUACAAGUGCUGGGUUUUGCAGGUGAUCUCUCUGGCCGCCUCCUUGCCUACAUGAGCCUCAGCCCCAUAUUCAUCAUCGUUGGUUUUGUGACCCUCGUCAUAUUCAAGCGGGAGCUGCACACGAUCUCGUUCCUUGGGGGCCUGGCACUGAAUGAGGGGGUCAACUGGCUGAUCAAACACGUCAUCCAGGAGCCGCGGCCCUGUGGAGGCCCGCACGUGGCAGUGGGCACUAAGUACGGGAUGCCCUCCAGCCAUUCCCAGUUUAUGUGGUUCUUCUCCGUUUAUUCCUUCCUUUUCCUGUAUUUAAGAAUGCACCAAACGAACAACGCCAGGUUCCUGGACUUGCUGUGGAGGCACGUGCUCUCCCUGGGGCUCCUCACCACGGCCUUUCUAGUCUCCUACAGCAGGGUCUACCUGCUGUACCACACCUGGAGCCAGGUGCUCUAUGGGGGCAUCGCUGGGAGCAUCAUGGCCGUUGCCUGGUUCGUCUUCACCCAGGAGGUCCUCACCCCACUGUUCCCCAGGAUAGCAGCCUGGCCCAUCUCUGAGUUCUUCCUAAUCCGAGACACAAGCCUCAUUCCCAAUGUCCUCUGGUUUGAGUACACAGUGACCCGGGCAGAAGCCAGGAACAGACAACGCAAGCUGGGGACGAAACUGCAGUGACCAGUGGGUGUGGCUGGGUCCAGCCUCCAGGUCUGGCCUGCACAACGCAUUGUAGGGUGGACGGGACAAUGGACAGAGGGAUGAAGCAGAGACUUCUACAGACCCAAGUCACCAAGUGGAGCCUUUUUUUUCUUAUUUUUAUUUUAAUGAACAAGGUGGACCAAAGGGUUGAGCCAGCCCCUCAACCAGGACCCUGGAGGGCCUGCUGCCAGGGGGCCACAAGGCCAGAGACCCUCGCUGUGCUGCUACCAGCCCCUGGUCGGGCAGAAAGUGUCCUUGGCAUAGGCACCAGGGAUGUGGGGUAGAGAAGGAGGGCUUGUGCCUCUGGUCUCGGGGCCAAGAAAUCCAGGUGGUGUGAAAAAUACAUACUAUUUAUUUUUUGGUUUUUGUCAAAGGCAGAAUGGAUCUUGGAGAUGGGGCCAGCAGAAUCUGUUCUGUGGUGGCUGCACAGAGUUGCCCAGGUCAGCUUCUCAGGCCCUUUGCUCUGAGCCCUGGGUUCAGACUGUUCCUCCCUGGGCCUAAGGGGUGGCCUGGGGGGCCAGGAGGAAAGGGGCCACCCCCAUCCCCUCCCUGCCACCAUUGCCGUUCCAGAACCUCGUUCAGUGUUUCCUUGUCUGGGGGUGAGGGCCCAGAGAAAGCAUGCGUCUGGCAGCUGCUAUCAUUGUGUUUUACCCUGUAUUGACCCCAUAUCACAAGGGCUUUCGCUGGUCUUCUGUCCCCAGGACAGUGGUUCCUUUCUGACAAAGAGCCUGCACAUUGUGGGUGAGCAAACCCAAGCUGUUUACAGCUCUUUUUUUUGUCCUGACAUCUAGUAGCAGUUAGUCUUCAUUCCCACUCGAACAAAAUGCAAAAGAACCAGGAGCUGGGGUGAGAAGAGUAGGGCAAUGGGUGCCUGACAUCUCCCUCCCUUCCCUCUGCGUGCUCUGAACAUGUUCUUGUCCUUCCUGACCCAUCUCUGAUGAUCUGGGAACCCUCUCAAGUUCACCCUCGAGCCUGUGUCUGGGGUCUGGGCUCACAGAUCCCCCACGGGCCCAGCUCAGAGGAGGGCUCCUCCUGAAGGGACCUGCUCUCCAUAAGUCACUCUGGAACGGGGUCACGGGAAGGAGAUGCUUCCAGACUUGGGAGUUUCUUGAACUAUACCAGGCCACUCAGGACCUGUGUUUGAAUCCUUUUUUCCCCUCUUUUUUACUUUGUGGAGAUUCCUAAUCUGCUGCUGAAGCACAAUUUUUUGGUGCUUUCUUUUCUCUCAUUUAUUAAAGACAGUGUCCAAAAGCCAUUCCAGAUGCUAGGACCAGGGGCUUAUUUCUGGGGAAGGUAGGUCAGUCCCCACAUUUUCCUCCCCUUCCCUUGUUAUUUUUAUUUUUUACGUUUUUCCUGAGACAAGCCAAGUAGGAGGUGGUUUAAGAAAAUCGAUGAAAUUGUUUACUAUUGUUUUAGAAUAAAAUCUUAAGCUCUGGCAGCUUGAGCACAUGUUGACCUGAGCUCGUGGGAGAAGGCUGGUGAGAACUGUAGGACAGCUGAACCGAGGGGCAAGGAUAUGGUUAAGAUCAUAACAGUUAUCUUCAGCAGCUCCAAGACAUCUAGUCCCCUCCAGCUCCCAAAGGAGUUUGAAUUGGCUCUGUGACACUUCCCACAGGGGUUUGCCCAGCAUCUGGUUCUCUCUCUCCAGUGAGGAGACCUCAGUACCUUACUGAGAUCCAUUAUCUCAUGACCAGACACCUCUCAGCGUCAGGAAGUCUUCCCUUCUUUUCAGUCCCUGGAAAGAAAUCUACCUCCCUGUGUGGUCUUUGCUAGCUCUGGCUCUGCCCUCAAUAAACUUUGUUCUUUCAUUUGACA